AUCGCUCAUAAUAUUGUGCAACCUUGUCCAUUGUCGUCUAAGCCAUCCUUAUCUUUAGCAUUCAUUUGCAGAUCUCGCUUUGAAGACAGCAAUGAGCCCCAUCUUGAGCGUUUCUACAAAGAUUGAGAUCGCUGCCUCGCCAGCGAUUGUCCGAUCCGUGUUCCUAGACUUUGCUCGCUAUCCGCAAUGGCAGCCCGGUUGGAAUAUUCAGCCUGUUGAUGCUAACAAGCAACCUCUCGACCUGAAGUCGGGGGACGGCCUGAAAGUCAACAUGAAUGGAAGCGCACACAAUCCAGUUGUAGUAGAAAACUCGCCUGCAUCCUUUCAGUGGGAAGGGUCGCUAUUCGGACUGGCCAAGGGUGUCCACCAGUUUCAUUUCACUCCAAGCGAAACAACUCUAGGAAACACCACUUUCACCCAAGGAGAGGAUUUCCGAGGACUUUUGAUCACGCUCUCCUCACCGUGGUGGAAUUCAAGAAAGUUUGACUUAUCUCCGUGGGACAAAUUCAAUGCUGAUUUGAAGAAUGAGGCUGAGAAAGCCUCGAAACAAAGCUCAGAGGCAGAGCAUUAGCCUUUGAAUCGGACUGAGGUUUCAGCGUAUUAUGUACAACAUCGUGAAUGAUUUCAGGAUGCACGCUGAUAAUUGGACCAUUGAGUACAAUGGAGGCGCGAAGAGCAAUUUUAGGUGCUAUAGAAUGCGCUUCAAAUACAGAACACGCCUGUAAAUAAGUGGCUUUAUGUGAUUCAAGUUUGCUA